AUGGACGACCAACCGAUUGUUGUAGACCCUGACCUGUAUGCGACCGAGGGACCGUACUACCCCGAGGACUGGCAGUCGGAGACUACAUCGAUCGGCUCCUCCAUCUAUCGCGGUCUGAUGGAAAAUGGCCGUCGAUACCAAUCACUGCGCAACGAAGAAUACCUUGUGCCGUCCGACGAUCAAAUGUUUGAAACCUAUGAAGCCGGACAUUUAGUCGCUCUUAUCCUCGAUUCAGAACGAGAAAACCCACUCUUCCGAUCGCCUGUAGGCAGGGACCCGAAGCACAUCCUCGACCUCGGCACUGGAAAGGGCGUAUGGGCCAUCGAUGUGGCUGAUAUGUUCCCUGAUGCGACUGUUCGAGGAGUGGACCUCUUCCCACCGCCAGUCUCAUGGAUGCCUCCCAACUGCGUCUUGGAGGUCGAUGAUGCUUUGCAACAGUGGACUUGGCGUGAGCCCUUUGACCUUAUUCACAUGCGAAUAAUGAUUGGGUCCUUCAACGAGCCUGAGUGGGAGCAAAUCUAUAAGCGAUGCUACGACAACUUGAUACCCGGGGGAUGGAUUGAACAAGUGGAGGCCAGCCCCGUAAUACAAUGCGAUGAUGGAAGCCUUCCAGCGAGCAGUAUUCUGAAUACGUGGGGCGACUACACGAUGGAAUGUGCGAAAAGAUUCGGCCGAGAGCUGAAUGCGAUCGACACCAUGUCUGACUCGAUCCACAAGGCAGGCUUCGUUGACGUUCAUGAAAAGGAGUACAAGUGGCCUAUUGGGCCCUGGCCGCGCGACAAGAAGUACAAAGAGGCCGGCACCGUGAACUUUCAGCACUGGCUCUCCGGCAUGGAAGGGUGGUGCAUGUGGUUGCUCACCAAGUACGGAUCGCCGGAGCCAUGGACGAAGGAAGAGGUCCACGUAUAUGUUGCCAAAAUGCGCAAGGAAUUGAAAGAUCCGAGCUACCAUACUUACCAGCGCGCACGACGAGUAUGGGCUCGCAAGCCCCGACCGGAUGAGCUAGCUAGUGCAGAAAAGAACAUCAAGGUGGAGAAGCAGUAG